AUGAAGCAUCCAAUCUACGUUUACUACCAGCUAGACGAGUUUUACCAAAACCACCGCCGGUACGUGAAAAGUAGAAACGACGCGCAGUACAGGAACCCUUCGGCGGACCACAGGACGGGGAAUUGUGAGCCCGAGUCGGUUAACGAUAACCGUGAACCCAUAGUCCCGUGUGGCCUUAUUGCUUGGAGCUUGUUUAACGACACGUACAGUCUCUCGAGAAAUGGCGCUGCUUUACCGAUUAACAAGAAGGAUAUCGCUUGGGAAAGUGAUAAAAUGCAUAAGUUUGGGUCUAAUGUUUACCCAAAAAAUUUCCAGAGUCAAGGUCUCAUUGGCGGGGCCAGGCUCAACGAGAGCAUCCCUUUGAACCAGCAAGAAGAUCUUCUGGUUUGGAUGAGGACAGCUGCUUUGCCGACAUUCAGGAAAUUGUACGGCAGGAUAGAAACCGAUCUUGAGGCGAACGAGAUAAUAAAAGUCGUUAUACAAAACAACUACAACACCUAUGCUUUUAAUGGGAAAAAGAAGUUGGUGAUUUCAACUACAACUUGGAUUGGGGGGAAAAACGAUUUUUUAGGCAGGGUUUAUAUCACGGUCGGUGGGUUUUGCCUGAUGAUUGCUAUAGCCUAUAUUAUCGUCUAUCUCAUCAGGCCAAGGCCUUUAGGGGAUCCAUCCUACCUGUCCUGGAACCGAAAUCCGCCAUCCAACUAA